GUGCGAGUCGGAGCGAUCUGACUGAACUUGGAACGAUUCGGUACUUCCAGUUUAGUUCAGAGGAUUAAAUAUAACAGCGGAGAAAAUCUAACAAGACUUUCAUUCACACAGCGCGUUUCUAAGUGGUGCAUCUGCACCUUGGCGCCACAAUGAAUGUAGGCACGGCGCACAGCGAGGUGAACCCUAACACACGAGUGAUGAACAGCCGGGGCAUUUGGCUGUCCUACUUGCUGGGCAUUGGCUUGCUUCACAUCAUCCUUCUUAGCAUCCCGUUCGUCAGUGUGCCUGUGGUGUGGACACUCACCAACCUCAUCCACAAUAUGUGUAUGUACCUCCUGCUGCACACAGUAAAAGGGACACCAUUUGAGACUCCUGACCAGGGUAAGGCCCGACUCCUUACUCACUGGGAGCAGAUGGACAAUGGAGUGCAGUUCACGGCCUCACGGAAGUUCCUCACCAUAACACCUAUUAUACUGUAUUUCCUCACCAGCUUCUACACCAAGUACGACUGGGUGCACUUUGUCAUCAACACGGUGUCUCUGCUCACGGUGCUCAUUCCUAAGCUACCACAGCUGCAUGGAGUUCGGCUCUUUGGGAUUAACAAGUACUGAGCAGUUUCUCUUCUCACAGAACUUUUUCUUGGCCCUGCGCAGUCAAUGUCGAGCCUUUUGUAAAAAGCUUGAUGAAGAUUGAUGAAGCACACACGAGGGGAUCCUAUAUUUAGGAAUAAAAGGGAAACAGACCUAAGCUCCUGCUUUCUCCCCUGCUACUGCUACAGGCUGUAGGGAUUUCUUACAUGAAUGUACGAGUUGUCGGCAGUAAUGAAGAUAUUCGAUUAGACCACGAUUAGUGGCCAACAGUCAUUGAAGUUGUCAUACAUUAAUUUUACAGUAUUAUACAGCUAGGGUUUAACAUUUACAUUUACAUUUAGCAGACGCUUUUAUCCAAAGCGACUUACACAAUGAGCAAUUGAGGGUUAAGGGCCUUGCUCAGGGACCCAAUAGUGGCAACUUGGUGGUGGCGGGGCUUGAACCGGCAACCUUCUGUUUACUAGUCCAGUACCUUAACCACUGAGCUAUCACUGGCCCUAAAAGUUGUAAUAUAUUAGAGGCAGUUUUAAAAUGUAAAUGUACUAAACAUGGGUUUUAUGCUCCAAUAGACAUCAUAAAUUAGUUAUACUUAUAUAGACUAAAAUCAAUGAAUAAUUUGGCAAAUAUUUAAUACUUUAGAUUAUUUCCACUUUACAGUUCCUUAUUUAGUAUUUUCUAAACCAUUCUAAUUACUGAACAUACUGAACAUAACUUGAAUACAUCCAAUGUAAUUAAAUAAACAAAUUUAUUUACAUUCACAUAUU